UCACUCGCGCUGCAACCAUUUCUUGUUUGGAAAAAGGGUCGAGGCACUCCCACCACCAAACCUAUUCUUCUUUCUCUUUCGCUUCAACCCUUCCUAAAUCAGUGUUCUGGUCGUGGUUCUCUCUCGUCGAGCCCUCCUUCCCCUUCUGUGGAGCCUCGGUUCUCUUUCGUUGAGCUUUCGUAGGUCGCGCAUUGAAACCCUAAUUUUCCCUCAUUCGAACCAUCAUUGUGCGGCCUUGGUACCAUGGUUAAUUGAGUCAGAAGAGGGUUGAAUGCUUUCUAAUAAAUCUGUUGUCCUCCAAGAACAAGCUCUGGAGGUUUUUACGUGUCUCAUCAAUGUAAAUUAUGGCCUGUUAUUUAUUUUUCAGUCAGCAUUGCCUACUUCCAGUUUUGCCAACCACGACCAAUUUAGAAGCUGGGUCUAUCAGAUUUUAUUAUUGUUCUGUUUUAUUUUGUGUUAUUUCAAGUUUCUGCAGAUAGUGGCUAACUACUUUAUAGGAGCAGUUCCAAUCAAUUAGGGAUUUAGGAAUCAAUUCUUUUCAUCGUAAAAUGUAAUAUAGUUCGAAGGUGGUGCAAAAGAAGGUGGUAGAGGACCAAGUGUGUGGGAUACUUUCACCCAUAAAUUUCCAGAUAAGAUACACUGGACAAAAGCAAUGGAGAUGUGGCUAUAGACACAUAUCACCGUUAUAAGGAAGAUGCUAAAUUUAUGAAGAAUAUGAACUUGGAUUCAUACAGAUUCUUGAUUUCUUGGUCCAGGAUUCUACCAAAUGGAAAGUUAAGUGGAGGUAUAAAUCAAGAAGGAAUUGACUACUACAACAAUGUCAUCAACGAACUAUUGGCUAAUGGUAUAAAACCACUGGUAACUCUUUUCCAUUGGGAUCUUCCCCAAACUUUAGAAGAUGAAUACGGUGGCUUCCUAAGUCCUCUCAUAAUCAAGGAUUUUCGGGAUUAUGCUGACGUUUGCUUCAAGGCAUUUGGAGAUAGAGUUAAGCAUUGGGUUACACUGAACGAGCCAUGGACUUACAGCAUUAAUGGCUAUGCAAAUGGAACAAUGGCACCAGGACGUUGUUCUAGUUGGGUAAAUCCAAAUUGCGUUGGAGGGGAUUCUGGUACAGAGCCCUAUAUAGUUUCACACAACCAACUUCUUACUCAUGCAGCAGCUGUUCGUGUAUACAAGACAAAGUACCAGGUGUACACACUUCUUUCAAGGUCAAAAUUUAAUGCAUCAUGCCAUAGCUUCCCAUCAUUCUCGGUGCAGCACCUCUGGACGUGACUUCUCUGCACACACCCAACGUUGCCUCGCCUCCUUGCUGCUCCUAAGUUAUCUCAUGCUAAAAGAUAAAUAAAAGACAUUCAUCCAAUAGUCGUGGGCCACUCUUCCACCCAUAACACCCCUGCACCACACAAUCAACACUAUCACCGUGCUGCACAUCCAAACUGCACACCUUGGUUCAAGCGUCCGUGCACACCAUUCAUUCCAGCCCUCUUCAUUCAGCACUGCUCCAUGCCUUUCUCCAAAGCAAUUAAAUAAAUUUCUUCUCUUCCACACUUAAUUCACCAUAUGAGUCUCUUUGGAAUAAAAGCACUUUACUGGAUCAGCUGCUGCUCGUCCCAUCACCUAAAACUCCCACCUAAUCUUCUCUUCAUCUAUUCCCCUCACACGUCCACGUGCACACCGCUUCUCCUCUCAAUCAACAUUUCAUUCUGCUUCCAGCACCUUCAAUCACCGUGCACACCAUUAUCCAACACGCACACACGUUGGUUCAAGUAUUCCAACUCCCGUGCUAGCUGCUGACACCUCCACACCAUGCACAAGCCAAAUUAAAUCUCCAUUUCCAGCUCCACCUCACCGGCACUCCCAAAAGUGCUCUUUGCUGCCAGCGAAGGUAAUGAAAAUUAAAUGUGCUCCAGUUCACAUUCCAGUGCAAACCAUCCGUGACACCUCAACGUGCUUCUACUUUCAUCCAACUCAACACUCAUGAAAAUAUCAAUAUUUCUCCCAAGCCGAGACACUUCUUUCUCCUACACUCCGAAUCAUUCAACACCCUUCAUUCUAACACUGCUUCGCUUCUCUUCCAGCUCCGUGCAGUACUCCUUCGGUUGCAGCCCUUCUCUGUGCAUUUCUCUAAAUAAAAUAAGAUCAGCUUCCCAUUUCCGCGUGCCUCCCUUCUUCCAAUCUCAAUCACCGUUUUGCUUUCAGCAAAAUCCAGCUCCUAAAUCUGCACUUCUCUGCUUCCAGCUCUUGACCGAAACACCUACUGCUGCUUCCUUUCUUCCAGCGCAACACAAGCUACACCAAACCGUGCCAACUCCUACUCUCCAAGGAUGUUGUGACCGAGAGCUUUAAAUGGAGAAAAUGAGGCAGCUCCUAUUCCAUUAUUCACCAUUAAAUUGACUUUGUGUAAAAUAUAUAUUGACUUUGUGACUGACAUGCAUUUGGUAUUUGAGUUCUUUU